UGUGCGCCGUACAAAUCACUCGAUUAAUAGACGCGUUAGAUUUGAAUCGGAAUUUUGUUUUUUAGUGUUUCGAAUCUAUUCGUUUUCCAUCUAGAAACUGCAUUAGUGUUUGGCGCAAUGUAUGAAAACGAAGAUGGUGAUCACUUCGAAGAGGAGGACCCAGAGGAAAUCUCUCAUGAGUUGUGGCAGGAAGCCUGCUGGAUUGUGAUUAACGCUUACUUCGACGAGAAAGGUCUCGUCCGACAGCAACUUGACAGUUUCGAUGAAUUUAUUCAGAUGUCUGUUCAGCGAAUUGUUGAAGAUUCUCCCGCCAUUGAGUUGACUGCAGAAGCACAGCACACCUCAGGAGACAUUGAGACACCGACUCGAUAUCUGUUGAAAUUCGACCAAAUUUAUUUAUCGAAACCAACUCACUGGGAGAAAGAUGGUUCUCCGUCGCCUAUGAUGCCAAACGAAGCUCGUCUCCGUAAUUUAACUUAUUCUGCUCCGUUAUAUGUGGAUAUUACCAAAACGAAAAUUGUGGAAGGUCAGGAGCCGGUGGAGACUCAACACCAGAAGACUUUUAUCGGUAAAAUCCCAAUUAUGCUUCGUUCCACAUAUUGCUUGCUCUCUCAAUUGACCGAUCGUGAUUUGACGGAAUUGAACGAAUGUCCACUGGAUCCGGGUGGAUACUUCAUCAUCAACGGCUCGGAGAAAGUGUUGAUCGCUCAGGAGAAAAUGGCCACAAAUACGGUGUACGUGUUCAGUAUGAAAGACGGCAAAUACGCUUAUAAAUCUGAAAUACGUUCCUGUCUAGAGCAUAGCUCACGUCCAACGUCCACAUUGUGGUGCAACAUGAUGGCCCGCGGUGGUCAAAGCAUAAAAAAAUCGGCCAUUGGACAACGCGUGAUUGCCAUUCUGCCGUACGUGAAGCAGGAGAUUCCUAUUAUGAUUGUGUUCCGUGCGCUCGGUUUUGUGGCGGAUCGUGACAUUCUGGAGCACAUUAUUUAUGAUUUUGACGAUCCUGAAAUGAUGGAAAUGGUUAAGCCGUCUUUGGAUGAAGCGUUUGUUGUGCAAGAACAGAACGUUGCCUUGAAUUUUAUUGGUGCGAGAGGUGCCCGCCCUGGUGUCACAAAAGACAAGCGUAUCAAAUAUGCAAAGGAAAUUUUACAGAAGGAAAUGUUGCCACACGUUGGUGUUUCUGACUUUUGUGAGACCAAGAAAGCUUAUUUCCUCGGUUAUAUGGUUCAUAGGUUGCUACUGGCUGCUUUGGGUCGUCGUGAAUUGGACGAUCGUGAUCACUACGGUAAUAAGCGAUUGGAUUUGGCGGGACCAUUGUUGGCGUUUUUAUUCCGUGGAUUGUUCAAAAAUUUGAUGAAGGAGGUACGGAUGUAUGCACAGAAGUUCAUUGACCGUGGAAAGGAUUUCAAUUUGGAGUUGGCUAUCAAGACAAAAAUUAUCACCGAUGGUUUGCGAUACUCGUUGGCUACAGGAAAUUGGGGUGACCAGAAAAAGGCCCAUCAGGCCCGUGCCGGUGUGUCUCAGGUGUUGAACAGAUUGACAUUUGCUUCAACGCUAUCACAUUUACGUCGUGUCAAUUCACCGAUUGGUCGGGACGGAAAACUUGCGAAACCCCGUCAGCUUCACAAUACGCUAUGGGGUAUGAUUUGUCCAGCAGAAACGCCCGAAGGAGCUGCUGUCGGCUUGGUGAAAAAUCUCGCUUUGAUGGCUUACAUUUCUGUCGGAUCGCAACCUUCGCCUAUUCUUGAGUUCUUGGAGGAGUGGUCUAUGGAAAAUUUGGAGGAAAUUGCUCCAUCUGCAAUUGCCGAUGCUACCAAGAUUUUUGUGAACGGAUGUUGGGUGGGAAUACAUCGAGAUCCCGAACAGUUGAUGGCAACGCUCAGAAAGUUGCGCCGACAGAUGGAUAUCAUCGUAUCCGAAGUGUCAAUGAUUCGAGAUAUUCGGGAUCGUGAGAUAAGAAUUUACACUGACGCCGGGCGUAUCUGUCGACCGUUGUUGAUCGUAGAGAAUGGAAGCUUGUUGCUUCGGAAAAAUCACGUUGAUAUGUUGAAAGAUCGUGAUUAUAAUAACUAUGGUUGGCAGGUGCUGGUUGCUUCUGGAGUAGUUGAAUACAUUGACACGCUGGAGGAAGAAACAGUCAUGAUUGCCAUGACACCUUACGAUCUGAAACAGGAUAAAGAAUACGCUUACUGUACGACGUAUACCCAUUGUGAAAUUCAUCCGGCAAUGAUUUUAGGGGUUUGUGCUUCAAUUAUACCAUUCCCCGAUCACAACCAGAGUCCUCGUAACACUUAUCAAAGUGCUAUGGGCAAACAGGCUAUGGGGGUUUACAUUACAAACUUCCACGUUCGGAUGGAUACUCUUGCCCACGUAUUAUACUACCCGAUGAAGCCCCUUGUCACUACACGAUCCAUGGAAUAUUUGCGGUUCCGUGAGCUACCGGCUGGUAUUAACUCGAUUGUAGCAAUUCUCUGCUACACGGGAUACAAUCAGGAAGAUUCUGUUAUUUUGAACGCUUCCGCCGUUGAGCGUGGAUUCUUCCGAUCUGUGUUUUACCGUUCAUACAAGGAUUCCGAGAGCAAGAAGAUUGGUGAUCAGGAAGAACAGUUUGAGAAACCCAAUCGACAAACAUGUCAAGGCAUGCGAAACGCUCUGUACGAUAAGCUCGAUGAAGAUGGCAUCAUUGCCCCAGGUCUUCGCGUUUCUGGUGACGAUGUGGUCAUUGGGAAAACUAUUACUCUCCCGGAGACCGAUGACGAUCUUGAUGGUACCACGAAACGGUUCACCAAGCGAGAUGGGUCAACCUUCUUGCGUAACUCCGAGACGGGAAUUGUUGAUCAGGUUAUGUUGACGCUGAACAGCGAAGGCUAUAAGUUUUGCAAGAUUCGUGUCCGUUCAGUGCGUAUUCCUCAAAUUGGAGAUAAGUUCGCCUCGCGUCACGGACAAAAAGGUACCUGCGGUAUUCAGUAUCGUCAGGAGGAUAUGCCGUUCACAUGCGAAGGGAUCACUCCGGAUAUUAUCAUUAAUCCUCACGCUAUUCCAUCGCGUAUGACCAUUGGUCAUUUGAUUGAGUGCAUCCAGGGUAAACUAGGCUCAAAUAAAGGAGAAAUUGGUGACGCCACCCCCUUUAACGAUGCUGUCAACGUGCAAAAGAUUUCGACUUUCUUGCAAGAGUACGGCUAUCAGCUCCGUGGUAACGAGGUUAUGUAUAAUGGUCACACGGGACGCAAGAUCAACGCCCAGGUUUUCCUCGGUCCAACCUACUACCAACGUUUGAAACAUAUGGUGGAUGAUAAGAUCCAUUCACGUGCCCGUGGUCCGGUGCAGAUCUUGGUGCGGCAACCCAUGGAGGGUCGUGCCCGAGAUGGUGGUUUACGUUUCGGUGAAAUGGAGCGGGAUUGUCAGAUUUCUCACGGCGCCGCCCAGUUUCUUAGAGAGCGUCUAUUUGAAGUCUCUGAUCCAUACAGGAUACAUGUGUGCAACUUCUGUGGGUUGAUUGCGAUCGCUAAUAUGAGAAACAAUACCUUUGAGUGUAAGGGUUGCAAAAAUAAGACUCAGAUAUCGCAGGUUAAAUUACCUUAUGCAGCGAAAUUACUGUUCCAAGAACUGAUGGCCAUGAAUAUCGCACCGCGAUUGAUGGUGUUAUAAAAUGAGAAGAAGGAAUAACAGAACCGAAGGAUUGUUUAGUGUUUGGUAUGACGAUGAGUGAACACAGUGUCAUGAACAAUUUCAAUAAUAUUAUAAUAUAUAAGCCAAACAAAUUUA